AUGUGGUUGUGGUCUCAUGUUGAGUGUCGACCAACAAAGGCACCACUUAUGACUUGGGCAACAUUUUCUAGCUUUUUCAUGGAGACGUAUAUACCCCGAACUUUGAGGGACAGAAGGAGAGAUGACUUCCUGAACAUAAAGCAAGGAAAAAUGUCUGUUGUAGCUUAUGAGGCCAAAUUUUGUGCAUUAUCCAAGUAUGCCAUUCAGCUUUGCUUCAGUCUGCAAGAGAGAAUUCGCUGCUUUGUGAAGGGAUUGAGGUCACAUUUACAGAUUCCAGCUAUACAAGUAGCUGCUUUUGUAAAAUAUUUUCAGGAAGUGGUUGAUUUUGUGAUAGAGGUAGAGGGGGUUACGCCAGAUGACUUCACCAAGGUGUCAACGUUUAAGAAGUUUCAUAAGAGAGCUGAGGGUCCGUCACAGACUAGUCAGCCUUUUUCUGAGUUUGGGGGUUAUCUUCAGUCUUCUUCAUCUUCACAGAGACCUACUCUCGACUCUAGGACUUAUUAUGGAUGUGGUGAGGCCGGACAUAUCAGGAAAUAUUGUUCAAAGCAGAGUCAGGCUCGAGUGCAGCCCAGCAGGGGCAAUGGACAGACAAGUGAUAGAUCCCAUUGUUAUGCUUUCCCCGGGAGACCAGAGGCAGAGAUAUCUGAUGCUGUUAUCACAGGUACUCUUCUGGUCUGUGAUCGCAUGGCUUCUGUAUUGUUUGAUCCUGGAUCCACAUUUUCUUAUGUAUCUUCCUCAUUAGCUAAUGGACUUGAUUUGCAUUGUGACUUGCUUGACAUGCCUAUUCGUGUCUCUAGUCUUGUUGGUGAGUCUGUGAUAGUUGAGAAGGUGUAUAAGUCUUGCCUUGUGACUUUUGUAGGGAGCAAAACUUAUGUAGAUUUGAUUAUUCUAGAGAUGGUUGAUUUUGAUGUAAUUCCUGGUAUGACUUGGAUUUCUCCAAAUUUUGCUAUCACAGAUUGUAAUGCUAAGAUUGUGACCUUGGCCAAACCUAGGAUAGAUUCCCUAGUGUGGGAGGGUGACUAUAUUCCCUCCCCAACUCGUAUUAUCUCUUUUCUUCAUGCUAAGAGGUUGCCUAGUAUGCCACCAAAUAGAGAUAUUGAUUUUUGUAUUGACAUGGAGCAGUGGACUCACCACAUUUCCAUUCCACCUUAUAGAAUGGCCCCAACCGAGGUAAGGAAGUUAAAGGCCCAACUUCAGGAGUUGUUCGGUAAAGGUUUUAUUAGAUCGAGUGCAUUUCCUUGGGGUACUCCAAUUUUAUUUGUGAAGAAUAAAGAUGGUAGUUUUCGGAUGUGCAUAGACUACAGACAGCUGAAUAAGGUAACUAUAAAGAACAAGUACCCCAUUCCUUGCAUUGAUGACUUGUUCGAUCGGUUACGAAGUGCUUGUGUCUUCUCUAAAAUUGAUUUAAGGUCUGGUUAUCAUCAAUUAAAAAUGCGGGCAACAGACGUGCCAAAGACUGCUUUUCGAACCAGGAAGGAACAUGAGGAGUAUUUCAGAAUUGUAUUGGGGUUGUUAAGUGAGAAAAGUAUUUAUGCCAAAUUCUCCAAGUGUGAGUUUUGGCUCGAUUCAGUGUCACUCUUGGGGCACGUGGUUUCUAAGGAUGGAGUGAUGGUGGAUCCUACUAAAAUUGAAGCAGUGAAGAGUGCAGUGCUAAUGCACGAGAGAAAUGUAAUUGCAUAUGCUUCAAGGCAAUUGAAAGUACAUGAACGUAACUAUCCGACCCAUGAUUUGGAGUUGGGUGCAGUUGUAUUUGCAUUGAAGCAGUAA